GGCAGGAGGGUUACAUGUCCAGCUGGAAGCCGGGCUGCCCCCAAGAAAGGCUGGAGGCCAAGCUGUGCCAAGAAAGGCCUGCUCUUUAUGUGAGCUGGGCAGUGUUUACUGAAGACAAGUGUGAAAACCGGAACCCUCAGUCUCCAGCAUGUGGAACAGCUCCGAUGCCAACUUCUCCUGCUACCACGAGUCCGUGUUGGGCUAUCGUUACUUUGCAGUUAUCUGGGGCGUGGUGGUAGCUGUGACAGGCACCGUGGGCAACGUGCUCACUCUGCUGGCCUUGGCCAUCCGUCCCAAGCUCAGAACCCGCUUCAACCUGCUCAUAGCCAACCUUACCCUGGCCGAUCUACUCUACUGCACACUCCUGCAGCCCUUCUCCGUGGACACAUACCUCCAUCUCCACUGGCGUACCGGCGCCAUCUUCUGCAGAGUAUUCGGGCUCCUCCUCUUUACUUCCAACUCCGUCUCCAUUCUCACCCUCUGUCUCAUUGCUCUCGGACGCUACCUCCUCAUCGCCCACCCUAAGCUCUUUCCCCAGGUUUUCAGUGCCAAGGGGAUCGUGUUGGCACUGGUGGGCAGCUGGGUUGUGGGGGUGGCCAGCUUUGCCCCUCUCUGGAAUGUUUUUGUCUUGGUGCCAGUGGUGUGCACCUGCAGCUUUGACCGCAUGCGAGGACGGCCUUACACCACCGUCCUCAUGGGCGUCUACUUUGUGCUUGGGCUGAGCAGUGUGGGAGUCUUCUAUUGCCUCAUCCACCGCCAAGUGAAGCGUGCGGCUAGAGCACUAGACCAAUAUCGGCUGCAACAGGCCAGCUUCUGCUCUCACCAGGUGGCUGGGACACACGAAGCCAUGCCUGGCCACUUCCAGGAGCUAGACAGCGGCCUUGCCUCGAAAGGGCCCAGCGAGCAGGGAGUCUCAUCUGAGCCAGUCAGUGCUGCGACCACACAGACCCUGGAAGGCGACUCUUCAGAAGCCACCCACCAGGACGCUAGAAAGGCAGCUCCGCAGAUGACAGAGAGAGGCCUUCCAGAAGUUCAUCGCAGGCCUGGGGAAGCUGCAGGAGUGCGCAGACCCCCGGAUGCCCCAUCGGACUUCGGGAAGGUGACACGCAUGUGCUUCGCGGUGUUCCUCUGCUUUGCCCUGAGCUACAUCCCCUUCCUGCUGCUCAACAUUCUGGACACCAGAGGCCGCGCCCCCCGCGUUGUGCACAUGGUAGCUGCCAACCUCACCUGGCUCAACAGCUGCAUCAAUCCGGUGCUCUACGCGGCCAUGAACCGCCAGUUUCGCCACGCUUACGGUUCCAUCCUGAAACGCGGGCCACAGAGUUUCCGUCGGUUCCGUUAG